UUUUCCAAAUACUUUUGUCUUACUUUUUGUCUUCCGCUCACAAGCUCUCGGUAACUGAGGUUUCUCUCAACCUUUCCUUAGGGUUUAGGCCUUUUCUCAUCAAGAAAUGGCGUCUCUAAUGGCUGUCCGGCGUGUUCGAACCCCCAUUACUGUCUCCUCCUUCUUCAAGGUACGGUAUCCUCUCUCUUCUUCUUUCACUUUCACUUUUCGAAACCAGACGGAGACACUAAUCAAAACCCUAAGCACCUCGGCAAUUCCUAGCGAUUUCUCUAACUUUCCUUCUUCGCCGCAACAACCUUCUUCGUCUAGCCCUCCAUAUCGUCAGCCGCAGUGGGGCUCGCCGAGCCAGGUUAAUCCUCCAAGUGAAAAUUUUAAUCGCCAGUCGUUCUCGGAGUUUCAGAAUCACGAUUAUGCUCAACAGGGAACUCCUAGUAAUCAAUUGAAUUAUCGGAGUCAGCAUCAGAGUCCUCAACCCAAUCCUGGAUUUUCCCGGGAGGGUCAGAGCUAUACUCAAGUCGGCAAAACUAAUUCGUGGAACCCUCCAAAUCAAAGUUACCCUCAAUAUCAAAAUCCUUCGCAGCCGAACCCUCCAAAUCAAAGCUACCCUCAAUAUCAAAAGCCUUCGCAGCCGAGCCCUCCAAACCAAAGCUACCCUCAAUAUCAAAAUCCUUCGCAGCCGAACCCUCCAAAUCAAAGCUACCCUCAAUAUCAAAAUCCUUCGCAUCCGAACCCUCCAAAUCAAAGCUACCCUCAAUAUCAAAAUCCUUCGCAGCCAAACCCUCCAAAUCAAAGCUACCCUCAAUAUCAAAAUCCUUCGCAGCCGAACCCUCCAAAUUUCAAUUAUCAGCAACAAAGAGGCCCUAACCAAUGGAACAAUCAAAAUCAAGGACACCCACAAUUUGGAAGGUCGGAACAUCGUAACCCACAACCAGAAAAUUCUAAUCAGUUGAAUAAUCAAGCCGAGAUUCAAAGGCAUGGUACUCAAAAUCAAGCACCAAAUGCCCUUGUAUCUCCUAUUGAUGAACUGCGGCGUUUUUGUGGAGAGGGGAAGUUGAAAGAAGCUGUUGAAUUAUUGAAACAAGGUGUUAAAGCUGAUGUCGAUUGUUUCCAUUUGUUGUUUGAACUAUGUGGAAAAUCCAAAUCACUUGACAAUGCUAAGGUAGUUCAUGAUUACUUUCUACAGUCAACUUGUAGAAGUGAUCUGCAAUUAAAUAAUGAAGUGCUUGAGAUGUAUGGGAGAUGUGGAAGCAUGAGUGAUGCACGUAGAGUGUUCGAUCAUAUGCCUGAUAGAAAUAUUGAUUCUUGGCAUUUGAUGAUGAAAGGAUAUGCUGAUAAUGGACUGGGUGAUGAGGGUCUGGAGUUAUUUGAGAACAUGAAGAAUCUAGGAUUGCAACCCAAUUCACAAACUUUCCUUUAUGUUAUGUCAGCUUGUGCUAGUGCGGAUGCUGUGGAAGAAGGAUUUCUGUACUUCGAGUCAAUGAAAAAUGAUUAUCAUAUUACUCCUGACACGAAUCAUUAUUUGGGGCUUCUAGGUAUUCUUGGGGAACCUGGGCACAUCCAUGAGGCUUUCGAGUAUGUUGAGAAACUGCCGAUGGAGCCUACAGUGGAGGUAUGGGAGACUUUAAAGAACUAUGCUAGAAUUCAUGGAGAUGUUGAUCUUGAGGACUAUGCAGAGGAGCUAAUUGUUGAUCUGGACCCAACAAAAGCUGUCUCUAAUAAGAUACCGACACCACCUCCCAAAAAACGGUCUGCAAUUAGUAUGCUUGAGGGGAAGAACAGGAUUGUUGAAUUCAGAAAUCCAACUCUCUACAAAGAUGAUGAAAAAUUAAAGGCUUUGAAGGCAAUGAAAGAACAAGGGUAUGUGCCAGAUACUAGAUAUGUUCUUCACGAUAUUGAUCAAGAGGCCAAAGAGCAGGCAUUGCUGUAUCAUAGUGAACGAUUGGCAAUCGCAUACGGAUUGAUCAGUACUCCAGCACGAACACCUCUGAGGAUCAUUAAGAACCUAAGGAUCUGUGGUGACUGUCACAAUGCCAUCAAAAUCAUGUCUAGAAUUGUUGGGAGAGAGUUAAUUGUUAGGGACAACAAACGGUUCCAUCAUUUUAAGGAUGGUAAAUGUUCUUGUGGGGAUUACUGGUAAACCAUUCACUCUACAACAUCCCCACAACAUGUACCUGAUGAGUUUAUCUUCUCAAUAGCAGCUUGAUGUUUAGUGUUAAACCAUCGAAAUCCUUAUGCAAACCCGGGAACAAGGCACCAAUUAGAAAUGAGCUAGCCAUUUAUUUAUAAUGUAUGGUCUGCUUAUCCUGAUGUUUACUCAUUUGCCUUGUAAUCAUAUUUUUUUGUUUCUUUUCCCGCUAGUUUUCUUCUCCUCAAACAUGGGUUGUAAGCUUUUGGCAAAAAGUAAACGUCUCAAUGGCAUUGAAUCCUUCUUGAAA